GUGGGUGGAGCACUAGAGGCUGCAGGGACCCGGGAGCCCGAGGGCGGGGCUGCCGGGCAGCGUGGAGCGGCGUGGCGCAGCGCACUUAGCUGGCUUUGCAGCGGGUGAGCCAGUGAGCCAGGCCGAUGGCGGUGACUACAGCCCUGUCUGCUGCAGCGGCGGCUGCGGCCCUAUCAGGCCUGGCAAUGCGACUGUCGCGUUGGGCGGCGACACGCGGCUCCUACAGCGCCUUCUGCAAGGGGCUCACGCGCACGCUGCUCACCUUCUUCGACCUGGCCUGGCGGCUGCGCGUGAACUUCCCUUACUUCUACAUGGUGGCCUCGGUGAUGCUCAAUGUCCGCCUGCAGGUGCGGAUCGAGUGAGCCAUCGCCCGGCACCACGGCGGCCCCUCGGGCGGAAGGCGCCACCCGCGCCAGGCGGCCGCGGGAAGGACCGUGGGGCCGCGCAGAGCCCAGAGACCGCGGCGGGGGGCACAGGCGGGACGGCCCGGGCCCCUCCAUUUUAGGCCUCCUCCGCGGAGGACCCAAGGUACCAUAUCCCAUAGCGCAAAAAACCUUCACAGCCGAGUCCUUUUCCACUGCAUCCAGAGAAUCACCAGAGUCUGGCAAACCUGUUGCCUCCCAUUGGCCAGAAAGGGGCAACACUCGAAAGAGGGGAUGCUACAGCAGGACUUACCAGGCCCUGUGCGGGAAGGCCUUGCUCUUCUAGGUGAUGGCUCACCACUUCUGAGAUCAUUUCAAGAUGGAUCCCUACAUAGAGAUGCCUGCUGCUGUUCCUGUAGCAGCCCGGGGAGCAGCUGAGUGAAGAGCCUACCUGGAAGAGGAAAGGCCCUUCUGGUAGAGGCCUAGAGGGGUGUCGUGGCUCGGGUCUUCUGGCCCUUCCGUAGAAAAGAUGCCAGUGUACCUUGGGCACUGAUAUCUCCUAGCAACACUGUGAGGGAGAUGUCUUCUCCCACCUCAUGAACUCAGUGGGGCUCAAUGAAAGGUGUGGGAUUUGCCCUUGUUAUACACAGAAUAGUGGGGAGCUCAGCCUGCCCUGGACCUCCAUUCCCCCACCUCCUCUGCAGUCUUCUUUGGGGUUGGGAGGGAGUAGAGAGCUGCCAGGGGACCUAGGGAGAAAGAGAGACCAUGGGGGUGGGGAAGCUGGGCAUCUACCUUUCCUUGGAGUAGUCCAAAAGACAGGCCAGUAGUUGAGUUCAUGAACAGAGAGGAAGGUUCGAGAACUUCCUGAAAUGUCUAGUCCUCCCUACCUCUCUGGUGCUUGACCAAGGGCUCCUGAGCAGGUGUGUGCUAGUGGACUGCAAAUGUGGUUCAUGAGAGGUUGGGGAACUACGUGCUGAAACCCAUGGUCUGUAUGGCCCUGUUUCUCUGUUCCCAGGCUUGCAGCCCCAUUCCUAGCAUCACAUGGAAAAAAUCUCCUCCAGAUAGGCUGAGGAUAGUCUGUCAGGAGGCCCUGCAUAGGCUAGAGUCUCCAAAUGCCCAAGGACAGCCCAAGGGGUACUUUUACUACUUAUCCAACACUCCCCCAGCUUUUCUAUGCUGGUAUCUCAAGAUCCAUGCAUUCCAUUCCUGAUGCAGAAACCUUCAGCAUGCCAGCCAGCCCCAGGGACAGAGUGACUCAUCCGCCUACUUGGAGUCAGAGACCCAAAUGAAGAUCUGUCUCAGCUGAAGGACACAAGCUGAAAGGUGGCUGCCACAUGCUUUCUGCUGUUUGCCAUAGCCCAGGACCUGAUGGCUUCCUUCUGCCAAGUCUCCCUGAGUAGUCCAUAUAUGUAUGUUUGAAUGCAUGUGUGCACGCCUGUGUGUAAACAUGUGUGAUGGAGAUGGAGCUGUUGGGUAGCGACAAGAGCUCCUGGGAAUCUCCUGUUUCCUGUGUACAGGAGGGAUCAUGGACUACUUGGAGAAAUGGGUAUGGAGUCUGAGGCCCUGCCUUCUUAGACCUCCCAGUCCAGGGAAGCCCCUCCCUGCUCAUGUUCAGGCAUGGACUGUGGUGUGAAGUCAGAGGCACUGGCAUUGGACUGGAUUCUGGGCCCAGUGGCGUCAGUCAGGAGACGGGGAUAGAAGGAGGACUCAGCUUUGUGUUCGUGUCCCAUUGUGGCCCUGAGUAGUCUGAGCUUCUGCGCCCCCCCCCUCCGCGGGCUACUUCUGUUCCUCCCUGGUGCCCUCGCUGUGUGAUGGGGUGGUGAUGCACUUUAUUUCCUUGCAGUCUGCAUUGCAGGCAGCGGAGCAUCAAUCAGUUCAGAGACUUGGAUGAGCGUGCUUUUCCUUGUGUGAUGAACUCUGCAUUGCCAGUGUUGUCUGGUCAGAGAUGGAGUUCCGAUGCUGUCACUUGUUGUUGUCUCCCAAAGUGAGAAGAAAACCCUUGGGUUCAGUACACCAAA